CCGCAUCAAACGUACGGCAUCUGUCCAAUUGUGCCGUUACCAUUUGCUGAAAAUAGGCGCCAAAGACACCAACGGAAACAACCUCUCCAACAGACAUCUCCGCAUCACAUGGGGAAGAAACAAUCCUAAAUCCUAAAUUUGGCUGCAAAAACGGACUUGGUCGAAAGAAUUAGACGAACAUUUUAGACAGGUCCUUCAUUCCUCGUGAGACCCUUUUGACAGUUCCUCGAUCCUUUCCUCCUCCUCGCCAGGAGGGAUGGAGAUAGAUAAAAGCACGAAAAAACCGAGCCGUAAGCCGAGCCUCGCCGGAUUCUAUUUACCAUCCUCCCGAUCGUCCCCGUCCCGCAGCAUGGCGACAGUCCUCCUCCUGGCCUUCUCCCUCGCCUUCCCCUCCGUGCUGAUCUCUGCCUCGGGCGUCUCUUUCUCCCCCAAGGAUAAUAUCCUCAUCGACUGCGGUGCCAACUCGUUGGUGAACCUCCCCGAUGGGAGGAUCUUUAAGACCGACGCCAACUACCUGCAGGCCAAGGACAACGUGCAGAUCUCAACCGAUGAGGGGAACCUCCCGUCCCCUCUGUGCCAGACGGCACGGGUCUUCGUGUCUGAGGCCACCUACUCGUUCCACCUCGCCAGCGCGGGGUGGCACUGGAUCCGGCUCCAUUUCUAUACCAUGAACAACAACCAGUUCGACCUCAAGACCGCCAUGUUUUCGGUCAACACCGACAGCGUGGUCCUCCUCCACCGGUUCAACUUGAACAACGCCACGACCCACGUUGUGAAGGAGUACCUCCUUAACGUGACGGACCCAAAGCUCAACCUCAAGUUCAGCGCCAUGUCGAACUCUUUCGCGUUUAUCAACGCGAUCGAGGUCGUCUCUGCCCCAGACUUUCUGAUCGGGGACUCGGGCAUGUCCCUUUCCCCAGUACAGGACUACAAGGGCCUGAACGGGUUUAACUACCAGGUUGUCUACCGGCUCAAUGUUGGCGGCCCGGUGAUUACCGCUCAGAAUGACACCCUGGGAAGGUCGUGGGAGAACGGCGAGAAGUACCUCAAAGACAAGGCACUGGCUGCGAAUGUCUCCGUACCCACAAAAGUCAUCAAAUAUCCGGAGCAAUUCCCGACCUUGAUCGCUCCUGCUUCCGUGUAUGCUUCGGCUGUUCAGAUGGCUGAUGCUAACACCCAGCAGGCCAACUUUAACGUGACGUGGGACUUCAACGUGGACACAAACUUUGAUCACAUGAUCCGGCUGCACUUCUGCGACAUCGUGAGUAAAUCCCUCAAUGACCUCUACUUCAAUGUUUACAUCAACGGGAAGAUGGCUAUCUCAGGUCUCGACCUAUCGAGCCUAACAGAAGGCCUAGCAGUCCCAUACUACAAGGAUAUCGUGGUGAACUCCACCCUGAUGUCCAAUGGGCUCAGCAUUCAGAUUGGUCCGAUGAAUCAGGACACUGGUUCUGUGAAUGCCAUAUUGAAUGGCGCGGAGGUCUUGAAGAUGAGCAAUGCGGUUAACAGUUUGGACGGAGAAUUCGGAGUCGAUGGGAAGCAGGCAAGCUCAACUAACCGCACCACGGUUGCAGCAGUUGGGUUCGCGAUGAUGUUCGGGGCCUUCGUCGGCCUCGGGGCUAUGGUCAUUAAGUGGCACAAGAGGCCUCAGGACUGGCAGAAGAGGAACAGCUUCUCAUCUUGGCUGCUCCCGGUCCAUGCCGGAGACACGGGCUUCAUGAGCAGCAAGAACUCAAUCGGGUCCCACAAGAGCGGCUUCUACUCAUCCACCUUCGGGCUAGGCCGGUACUUCUCCUUCGCGGAGCUGCAGGAAGCAACCAAGAACUUCGAUUCCAAUGCAGUGAUUGGCGUCGGAGGAUUCGGAAAUGUCUACUUGGGAACGAUUGAUGACGGAACUCAAGUCGCUGUCAAGAGGGGGAACCCGCAGUCCGAGCAGGGCAUCACGGAGUUUCAAACGGAAAUCCAGAUGCUAUCCAAGCUCAGGCACAGGCACUUGGUGUCUUUGAUCGGCUACUGUGACGAGAACUCAGAGAUGAUCUUGGUCUAUGAGUACAUGUCGAAUGGGCCCUUCAGGGACCAUUUAUAUGGUAAGAACAUGCCGCCAUUGUCGUGGAAGCAGAGGCUCGAGAUCUGUAUCGGGGCCGCUAGAGGUCUCCACUACCUUCACACCGGGACGGCCCAAGGGAUCAUCCACCGCGAUGUUAAGACAACAAACAUUUUGCUCGACGAGAACCUCGUAGCUAAGGUUGCGGACUUUGGGCUAUCAAAGGAUGCACCAAUCGGACAGGGCCAUGUCAGCACUGCAGUGAAGGGAAGUUUCGGCUAUCUCGACCCCGAGUACUUCAGGAGGCAGCAACUCACGGACAAGUCCGACGUGUAUUCUUUUGGGGUGGUCCUGCUCGAGGCUCUCUGCGCUCGUCCCGCGCUCAACCCACAGCUCCCGAGAGAGCAGGUUAACUUGGCUGAGUGGGCGAUGCAGUGGAAGAGAAAGGGCCUGCUCGACAAAAUCACUGACCCGCAUCUCCAGGGAACCAUCAACCCGGAGUCGAUGAAGAAGUUCGCCGAGGCAGCCGAGAAGUGCUUGGCGGAGCAUGGAGUGGACCGGCCCACCAUGGGAGAUGUUCUGUGGAACUUGGAGUAUGCUCUUCAGCUGCAGGAGGCCUUCUCUCAGGGGAAAUCCGAAGACAAGAGCAAGUCAUCCACCAUGAUCGCAGCUUCCCCGGCGGUCGCAUCUCCCCCUGCCAGCCCCGUGAUCGCAGCCAGGGAGACCCGCCCCGACACCGACAACAGCCUCGCCGAGAUUCAGACCACUGAGCAUUCGGGAACAAACAUGUUCGCUCAGUUCGCCCACCUCGACGGAAGGUGAAAAGGACAACGACAGAAAUCAGAUCAACCAUAAAAAAGAAUCUAUACCCAACUGAUUGAGAAACAAAACUAUGAAGAUCAAAUGUAUUUAUUGAUGAUACAUUGUAAAGACAUGAAAAAGCUAACACAUUCUCAUAUAGAACUGCACCCAUUGUAAUAUAUUACUCUAGGCCCGUCUCCUGUUCUCUCUUUAUUCUUUCCAUUGUUCGG